UGCAAAUAAACCAGCACACCAGGCCCAUAGCCAACACUUUCUGGGUCACUCCCUAACAUUCACAUAUUCAUAGGUCAACCCUGAGGUUCUGACCCGAAUGAUACUUUAGCUCCUCAAUCAGCAAAAGGAAAAUGAAAAAGAAAAAUAUGGGUUUCAAAAGAAUAGGGUUUUAGACUCAGUGACUAGUAAGUAGCAGGUUUGUCCUGGGAUUGCAAGGGUUUAUGCUUAUCUCCAACAUUCAUCAUCAGUCAUCAUGUGGCCACUCCGUCGAGCUUUUCACCCUCUCAAGAAACAACAGUAUUUCCUUGAAGCUUCAAGGGUUUUUUGUGCUGAACCGGGCACAUCAAGUAAUGUUAGAGGAGACAGAUCUAGUAUAUGUCACCCUGCUCACUUAUUAUCGACUAGAUUCCAUUCGGUUAAGUUGUUUCACCACACACCUAUUCUUGAAGGAAUCUUUGUGCGUAGCCGUAGUCUUUGUUCAGUGGCAGAUGCAGGAAGUAGCAGUGAUAGCCUUGAUGUGGAAGAUGGGAUUUUAGAACCUGAAACAACCUCUACAGUUGAUGUAAUUGAGGAUUGUAAUGCGGAUGAAGAAGUUGGGGAAGAAUUAGCUUCAGAACCAGGGAUUUUGGAUGAUGAUUUAUUUGAUACUGAGAAAGGUGUGGUUGGUGAGGAAUCUCACAAGAAAAAGGCUUCUUUAGAGUUGUGCAAGGCUAUAAUGGAUGCUCCAAGCCACUCUGUUGCUAGUGUUCUUGAUAAGUGGCUUGCGGAAGGGAAUGAUUUGAACCGACUCAGUAUUUCUAAAAUCAUAGUUAGCCUUCGGAAGCGUAGGAUGUAUGGCAAGACAUUGCAGUUCUCAGAGUGGUUGGAGACUACUAAGCAACAUGACCUUACUGAACAAGAUCAUGCUGCUCGCCUUGAUUUGAUUGCUAAAGUACAUGGUAUCCAGAAGGCAGAGAAGUACAUUGAGAACAUCCCCAAGAAUUUCAAAGGUGAAUUAGUAUACCGAACCCUCCUAACUUGCUGUGUCCAUCUCAUUAACAUGAAGAAAGCAGAGGCAGUGUUCAAGAAAAUCAGGGAGCUUGAGUUUCCAAUCACUAUUGAUGCUUGCAAUCAAAUGAUCAUCCUCUACAAGAGACUUGACAAGAGAAGGAUAGCCGAUAUCUUGUUGUUAAUGGAGAAAGAAAAUCUCAAGCCAUCUCUCUUUACUUACAGGCUCUUACUAGACACCAAAGGGGAGUCCAAUGACAUUGUAGGGAUGGAGCAGUUGUUUGAGACUAUGAAGGCUGAAGGAGUGCUACCUGACAUACAUGUUUUAGCUGUCUUGGCUAAGCACUACAUAUCUGGGGGUUUAGAAGAUAAAGCUAAAGCUGUCCUAAAGGAAAUUGAAGAAAGAAAGCUGAAGGAAAGUCUUGAUGUGCGCAGAGUGGUGCUUCCUCUCUAUGCUUCUCUUGGCAUUUCUGAUGAUGUGGAUAGAAUUUGGAAGGAAUGUGAAUUGGAUCCCACAAUGAAUGAGUGCAUGGCUGCUAUAGAAGCGUGGGGCAAGCUGGGUGAGGUGGAGAAGGCAGAAGCAGUCUUUGAAAUGAUGCUUCAGAAGUGGAAGAAACUCUCUUCAAGGCAUUACUCUGCUCUCCUACAAGUUUAUGUGAACCAUAAGCUUCUGACUAAGGGAAAGGAAUUUGUGAAGCAGAUGGGAGAUAUUGGGAGCUGGGUUGGCCCGUUGACUUGGGAUGCACUGGUGAGGCUCCAUUUGGGAGCUGGGGACGUGGAGAAAGCUGACUCCAUUUUGCAUAAGGCAGUACAGAAGAAUAAGGUGAGACCACUAUUCAGCACUUACAAGGUUGUCAUGGAAGAAUACGCAAAGCAGGGAGAUAUACAUAAUACUGAGAAAUUAUUCCAUAGAAUGAAGCAGUCUGGGUACAAUGGCCGACUCAAGCCACAUGAGAUUCUGAUCCAGGCAUAUAUCAAUGCUAAAGCUCCUGUUUAUGGGUUUCGAGAGAGGAUGAAGGCAGAUAACAUAUUCCCAAACAAAGCAUUUGCACAACGGUUGGCACAAGCAGAUCCGUUCAGGAAAAGAUAAAAGCAAAAAGGUAUUAGAUUUGCUUGAUUGUUGGAGAUUGACUUUGCUAGAGUUUGCAAUAUUAAUGUCUAACUCAUGUAAGUAAUUAGUAGGUUUGUAGGAAGUACAUGAAACUGGCUCAGUUUUUUAAACUAUUGCCAAUGUAAUUUUCAAGAAGUGGUAAAAAAAAUUUUGUUGAGUCUUAUUUGACAUUCAA